ACUCUCCACACUCAGAUCCCAAUCCUCAGUCCCCUCUCUCUCUCGCUCACACGCACACUGUGUGUUACGAUGGCCUCACUCACGCCAGGCAUCCUCCUCAAACUCCUCCAAUCCAUGAACUCCACCACCCGAGUCACCGGCGACCAUCGCUCCGCCCUCCUCCAGGUCGUCGGCAUCGUCCCCGCUCUCGCCGGCUCCGACCUCUGGCCCAACCACGGCUUCUACGUUCAACUCUCCGACUCCCUAAACUCCACGUAUGUCUCCCUGUCCGAACGCGACACCGAGCUCAUCCUUUCCAACCGCCUCCAGCUCGGCCAGUUCGUCUAUGUGGAACGCUUCGAUUUCGACUCCCCUGUCCCUCGAGUCUCCGGCAUCCGCCCAAUAGCCGGACGCCAUCCCUUCGUUGGAACUCCCGAGCCUCUUAUCGCCCGAAUUUCUCCUUCCAAAAGAGAAUUUGUCAUUCAACCUGUCUCAGAUUCGGAGUACUCGGUAGAUCCAAUUUCGGUUUAUUUGUCGAACAAGAAGUGUGAAGAGGCUCCGAGGAAAGAAAACAAGGAAGUUAAGGUCGAUGGAAGUAAAAUCGAAAGGAGUAGACCAAGGCAAGCUCUUGCGCCGCGUGACAUGGCAACGAAUGUUGGAAAUUCAGAUGAUUGUAAGGUUCCAGAAAAGCCGCAGAGGUUCUCGUCUCCGGCAGCGGCCAAGAGGUCUGUCUCUACUGGGAAGAAGACCUCAACAGUUGCCGCAGUGGAGAGGGAUCCGUCGCCGGCUGGGAAAGGGAAGAGAUCGGCAUCUCCAGUGCCGUCAAAAUGUGUUGUUCCAAGUUUGGUGGAGGCAAAGGAUGAGAACAGGAAGGUUUCAAGAGAGCCAUCCAUUAUAGUACCGUCAAGGUACAGGCAGCCUUCUCCAAAUGCACGGAGGCAGGCUUCACCUAAUACCCGUAGGGCGUCACUUUCGCCUGGGAGGAGGUUGUCGGGAGGUGUGAAGGUUUCCCCAAUGGUGGCAGACUCUGCAGGGAAGAAGAAGAUGGCAACUAUUGUUGCAGGGAUUUCAAAGGUAUCAGAGGCGCUUGUGGGAUCUGGGAAGAGUGCAAGGAAGAGCUGGGAUGAGCCACCUCCUGUAGUUGGUUCGGUGGAGCAGAAGGAGAAGGGUGAUGGGAAGAAGAAGCCAGAUCUGAAAGCAAUUUUGAGGACUAUGGAUGCUAUGUCUAGACGUUUAAGUGAUGCAAAGCAACCUAGUCCAGAUGAUACUUCAUCCAAUGGGAAAUCAAACCCUAGUUCCCCUGAAGAUUCUCCUCUCCAUGUGAAGCCAACUUGUGCUACUCCAGGAUUCACUGUACAUGAGAAGAAGUGGAGUGAUGGCAGUGUGUCAUUAGAUACUGUCUCUGCUGAUUCUGCAAUGCUGGGGAAGGAGGCUAUGCAAAGGGUAGCUCUUGCUUCAGCGGCUGCAGCUGAAGCAUUGGAGGAGGCCAUUGCUACUGAGUCAAUUGUGAGAAGUUUAAGCAUGUUUGCAGAACUCUCUUCAGCAUCCAAAGCUGGGAAUCCUUUACCCACAAUUGAUAGAUUUUUCUCAAUCUAUGAUGAUGUUGUGAGAUAUAUUGCCAUUGCCGAAUCUAUAGUCAUGAGCCACUGUUCUGAUUCUACAUCUCAUGAUAAUAUUGCGACUGAUCAAUCAAAAUCUGCUUCUCUAUGGGUUGAAGCUGCAUUAGCUACCAAUCUGGAGAUUGUCACACUGUUGAACAAUCAUAAUAAUGAGCAUCCAAGAAAUUUGCCAAAAAGUUUGUCAAAACGACAGUCGCUGAAGGUUGUGUCGCUCCCAUCAGUUAAUCCUAUUGUUGGUGUGUGGACAAGGGGCUACGGGAUGGAAGAGACUGUAAAACUUGGGAUGAAUUUGCAGUCCGAGAUGCAAAUGUGGUUUGCUCAAUUUAUCGAGGAGUCAUUGGAUGCAGGGUUUCGGGUGCUUGGGGAAAGUGCUACUCUGAACUCUAGUUCCAUUGCAGCUGUCUUAUCACAGCUGAAGCGUGUCAAUGAUUGGUUAGACCACAUAGUGUCACAAGGGAAUGAGGUUCUGACAGGAAAGAUUGACCAGCUAAAGAGAAAGAUCUAUGGAUUUGUUAUUCACAAUGUUGGAACAACUUACGAUAAUUCGACACCUCUUACUUCAUCGUGAAAUCUUCUUCUUUUCUGGGCAUUUUCCUUUUCUUUCUAGUAAAUCUCAUCUGUUACAAUUUGAAAAGACUGGAUUCCUACGACAUGUUACUCUAUGUCAUUUUAAUGUGUUUGGAAAUAUUUAAUGUUUCUAUCUUUUUUUUUUUAUCUUUUCCUGCAGAUUAUUGACUUCCCUAGAGGAAAACUGUUGUUGUUUCAAAAUCUUCUCAUUUGAUUCCUUUUCAGUUUGAUUCCGAAUGUAAUUUAUGGUUGUAAAAGAAAAAAAAAACAUCAUUGCCUGUC